GCAAUUUGAAGAACGAUGGACUGCCUCGAAUUGAACAUCCGACAGCGAAUUCUGUCGGACUUAGCUACCCUCCAAACGGAAACACAAGAGGAUAUCUUCACCAUUUGUAACGUCAAUCAAUCCAAGGCCCAACUGGCACCCAAUGACGAGUCUGGGGAAAGGGAGGUCGAACCUCGUGCAUUCAUGUCCGAGGCCAGGGCUCAUUGUAACAUUGCUUUUGGCGAACUUGUCGCGAAUUUUCCAGAGGAACAUAUCGCAAGGCACAUUGAUACCCUCAUUCCCGUCCUAACGGAUCUUUUACACGACGUUCCAAGCGUGGAUUUCGACCGAUGUCUCUCAUGGGACGAGUGGGCCCUCCCUGACCAGCUGGUCUUCUCUACCGUUUCUGCCCUUUUGCGUAUCUGCAAUGCACACCAAGAAUACGCGGACAGAGCUGUCAUGUCCAUUAUUACUUUCGUCACCGACGUUGUUGAAAACCUCAAGGAGUCCAGCUCAAUAGAUGUGCUUACACACCUCACGCCUUCUGUUCACGGAUUGUACCGUGCAAUCACUUCUACUCUUUACCCCUGGACCGCCUCUCAAUGGCACCUUCUUUCCGAGUCCCUCCAGUCCCUUGUCGCGACUCCUGUUCUUGAACGAAUCAACCGUCUCCUACUCGACAUAAAUCAAGAAGCCGACGCUACCUCCAUCGCCUUCUGCCACACCUUCAUCUCUCGAUACAUCGCACUUGGACGCCCACUGAGCGGGUACUUUACUAUUUGCUGUGUUAUGGAGAUGGAAUGGACUGUGCUCGCACAGGCCCUCGCGAGUGCUCCUCUGGUGCACAAAGGCCAGGUGCGCGAAGCCGCUGCGGCGAACAAAGCGUGGGUGAACCUCAUGAAAUGUCCUGCGAAAGAUUUGGGUUUGGAGAACGACGAGGAGACGAAGAAAGCUCUGAGGAACAUCAUCAGAAGUGCACUGCAAUGCUUUAGUGAUUUGCUGGAGCAGAUUGAGGGUAUGGACACCGAACCUCCCGUCGAUACUUAUGCAUGGGAGACCAUGUCUGAGAGCUUGAAACUGGCAUCUGUUUGCUCCGUUGCGCUUCGAGAGCUAGAUGAAAAUCUUCACACUCGCCUGAUGCAGCUAUUAAGCGACAGUGCACCCAUCCUGGACAAUCUUGUUCAGGAAUCGGCGCUCAAGGCUACUACAGUACUUGUGCAAAGCUUCCCGGAGAUCGCACCGUCUUUUGUCAUCCAUUUGCGCCGCUUCGUUACUUCUCCUCUUUCAAUAUUCGAGUUUGCAUUCAACACCGAGAAGCGUGCACCUCCACCUCUAACAGCGGCUGCCAAGUGCCUUGCGCUUUGCAUCAAGGUAUGUCUUUUCUUAACCGGCUGUCACCCUGGUGACGACACCAUCAUGUCCAAUAUGUACUCUCUCCUCAAUUACAUUGCUGCGACCUCCAAAGAAAUAACAGAAUCAUCCUCUUCCAACCAACUCCUUUCCAACCCCUUCUAUGCCUCUUCGAUCACCUCUCCCAACGAUGAUGUGACCUUCCAAAGCGACGAAACAGGGCUACGCGGUCGCUCAGACGAAGAGAAGCGGCUCAUUGGGAUCACGACUAUCUCCGUUGUCACGCGCCUUGCACUCGAGUUCCAUACUGCGGGCGAGGAGGAAGUCACAAAACUUACGAUCUCGAUGUUGUUACAGCGCUUACGGACUUUGGAGCCGACUCUCGAGGCUGCGAUCGCGUAUAACCUUGUGGAUCUUGCGCUCGUAGCUCCCGAAGAGUCGUUUAUAGACGUUGCACGUGCGUUUUCGCUAAUCAAUCGCGCUACGAACCUGGAGGACCCGAGAUUCUCUAAUAAUAUGGUGUUGGCUGCCCAGACGAGGCUUGCACGUGAACUAGACCAAAGACCCGAUUUGUAUGACGUAUACUUGGUUGAGCUGCUCACUCUCUUCGGAGACAAAGGUGUUGCUAUCCAGAACGUGGCUACGUCUGACCGACACGUCAAGACAGAAGAGAUGAUCGAGCAGCUGGCAUCUUUGUUGUUGCCGAUCGAAGCGCUUCUUGCCCAUCCAGAUUACUCUCCACACCUGGCCGCUUCGCAGGAGCUUACGGGCCUCUUCCGAAACUUGUGGUUCCUCUGCGUCCUCUUUCACUUUACAUCUGGCGAGGAGAAGGGCGCGAUGACGUGGCUCAUGCCUGCGCUGGCGAAAAUCGCAACGAAGACGCCAACUCUGGUACUCGAGAAUGCUCACGAUGCAGCGAGCGAAAUCGAGUAUAGCACCGUAAUCCGGCAUGAAUAUGCGCAUUCUGUUAUCUCGAAGCACCGGUCAUUCCUUACACGCCAUAUUCCACACCGCACAAGCGAGAUACGCUCUUUGUCCCCGGGACAGGUAAUCUUCUUGUUGAUGAUGCAGGACGUUGAGAGUAUGCGAUCUGCUGCUGGUCUCCCGUCUUCCCUGGUGUCAUACUUUACGAAUAGUAGCCUAAAUCGACAAAGUUAUCUUAUUGUAUGCAUGGAGUCUAUAGCUGACAAGGUUAUGCGUGGAUGUAUGGGAGAGAUGAAUUCCCAAGCUAUGGAACAGGCACUACCGGUCCAUCUAUCAGAGGAACUUCGCAAGCUGCUUGUAGCCAGCACUCAUCGCAUAUCUCGCGCUCGGGACGUAGCUGCCAAAUACCUAUUCAACCUGAUCACGUCGUUUCCUUCUCUCAUGUGCGACCCGCCACUGGUGUAUGCAAUUCUUGAGUGCCUUACUCUUCUCCGUCAUGCAUGCGAGAACGAGUUUACGGACGAGUACAACCCGGUGUACGAAUUCCACUCUGAUUGCACUGGUAUCACGUUGCAGCUCACGGAUGACUAUAAAAUACGAAACGAUAUCCUUGGACAACUACAGCGCAAUGCCAACACGUGGUUUGAACUCGCACUCAGCCGGGCUCCCAUUAAGCUCCAGUCGACGCUUCAGAAAUAUCUCACAGCUACGCAACCGCUGAUUGGUGCGGACGCUACUGAGUUAGGAGCUUCUGUUGCCGAAACGUUUGCUAAGGCACUUGGUCCUGUGCACCGACAACUUUCUUCUCUGUGUAGCCUAUCAAACUGGAAGUCUGAUCGUGCACGCGCUCUUGCCAGCCAGUUUGCGAACAAAUGCUAUUUUUCAGGGGAGGUUGCUGGUUUGCGACUUGCGGCUCGUAAAAAUCAAGAUUCGCUGGAUAAAGUGGCUCCACAGAUGCAAUGCACUGGCGUACAGCCUUUCAAAGACAAGAUGGCCGAUACGAUGAACGACAUUCGGAAUAAACGUAGCUCUUUAACUGUUCAAGAUCUGCAGCGUCUAUUAUUCCGUUGUGCAGCAAUUCUUAUAUCGUUGGAGAAGUGCGAUUACACCUUGGUACAUUUUCUGGUAGCUCUACCGUUUGAGGUUUUCACACCUUCUGCGGUCGCUGCGGGUAUUGAAACGUGGAUGUGGGUCAUCGCGGAGCGCCCUAACAUGGAGGUGGUCAUCAUGUGCGAAGUACUCACGUCUUGGUUUGGGACUGUGAAGGAGCGGAAGGGCGUGUUCUCGGCCUCAUCAAACUGUGAUGAUCCCUUUUACCAUCCCAUCAGUUAUAGUCCAACCGACAAGGACGAAAUCGAUCGAGCAACCACUCAUGCUCGUCGGCUGCUCAUGCCGCAUACCUUAGUUCUACAGAUGUUAUUUAGUCGAUUGCAAGCGGCUAGAUAUUGUCGCUCGACUGUGAUGUUCCUCAUCCAGAGACUUGUUUUGCGAUCUGCGCAAGCGCACAAGUUGUUUAGUACUCAUCCGCUAGCUCGAGAGCUGCGCUACACGUUCCUUCUUUUUGGACUGGAGACGUUGAAGAGCUCGCAUCUAGAUGCUGUCUGUGAGUGUAUGUUGCGCGAAAGUCUGUAUCGCACGGCAUAUUCGUGGUUUGCCGUUCGGCCGCAGUGGUCUUUUGGAGCCAAUCGAGUGCAGGUUGACGCUGAUAUCAAAGUCAUGUCCGAAUUUCUUGUGCAUCUCCAGGGUGACUCGAUCAGGAAUAUGACAUCUCUUUCGAGCCUUGCUCCUCACCAGUCUGCGUCAAAGACGUCCCUUUAUGCCACCCGCCUCAAGAAUAUCAACCAGCCACUCCGUCUUCUGAUAGAGAAUGAGAUAUUCAGACUUACGGUCUGGGCUAAUCCUAGCAACGAAGCGAGACGAGGCAGUGACCUUCAUGGCUCGCUCGAGCGCAAUAUGCUUGAGUCAACUUGGCCUGGCAUAGUUCGAACAGUGUGGGAGAUAGACCCAGCCAUAGCAGUCUAUCUGACCGAACGUUUCAAAAGCCCAGCAGCUUACGCUGAGGUGCAGAAUCUAGUUCAGUCUAACGCUAGCCAGGUAGUUAAUACUCCAGAGGCUCUACGAUUUUUGAUUGGGGAUUCCUUCCGAGGUGGACAGAGACGAGAGCUGAAGUACAUCAUCGCGUGGGCGCCUGUCACUGCUGUGAUCGCUGUUACUUUCUUCGAACGACGACACGGCAACGAUCCGCUCUUGCUACAAUACGCCCAUCGAGUCCUGAAGCAGCAUCCUGUUGACUUGACAUUCUUUUUCGUUCCUCAAGUCGUCCAGGCUCUUCGGUUUGAUGACCUUGGAUAUAUCGCGCAGUUCAUCUUCGAAACCGCAAAGGUGUCGCAACUCUUUUGCCACCAGAUUAUAUGGAACAUGAAAGCCAAUUGCUACAAGGAUGAUGCUGCCGAGAUCGAAGAUCCUUUGAAACCCGCACUAGAUCGGAUGACUGAUAUGGUGGUGGAUUCGCUGUCUGGUGACGCCCGUGCCUUUUACGAUCGGGAAUUCGGAUUCUUCAACAAGGUAACCUCGAUCUCUGGGAAACUGAAGCCCUUCAUCAAAAAGUCGAAACCUGAGAAAAAGGCAAAGAUUGACGAAGAGAUGGCCAAGAUAGUUGUUGAUAUUGGUGUCUACCUUCCCAGUAACCCGGACGGUAGUGUUAUUGACAUUGAUAAGAAAUCCGGUCGACCUCUCCAAAGUCACGCUAAGGCACCGUUCAUGGCUACUUUUAAAGUGAGGAAGGAGCGCAUCAUUAUUGAUUCCGACCCGGAGUCUCUUUUGGACGGUGCACUCGAGAAACGCGAGGAGUAUGACGUUUGGCAACAGGCCAUCUUCAAAGUUGGCGACGACUGCCGACAAGAUGUGUUGGCCUUACAGAUCAUCGCGAUGUUCAAAAAUAUCUUCACCAGCAUCGGGUUGACUCUCUAUCUUUUCCCUUACAGGGUUACCGCAACUGCCGCUGGAUGUGGUGUCAUUGACGUGGUGCCAAAUGCAACAUCUCGAGAUGAGAUGGGAAGAGCCACAGUAAACGACCUGCUCGACUUCUUUAUUUCGAAAUACGGAGGAGAAGAGACUGUUGCAUUCCAGUGUGCUCGCCUCAAUUUCAUCCAGUCGAUGGCUGCAUACUCUGUUGCUUGCUAUAUCUUGCAAAUCAAGGACCGUCACAAUGGGAAUAUCAUGAUUGAUGGCGAAGGGCACAUCGUACAUAUCGACUUUGGAUUCCUAUUCGAUAUAGAUGACUCCUUCAAGUUAACCCACGAGAUGGUAGUUCUAAUGGGCGGCAGAUACUCUCAAGGCUACGAACUGUUUCAACAUCUGACGGUGAAGGCUUUUCUCGCUAUUCGACCUCAUGCGGAUCAGCUCGUCAGCACAGUCCAACUCAUGCUGGGAACUGGUUUCCCGUCUUUCAAAGGCGAACCGACUAUCAAGCGCCUCAAAGAUCGGUUUGCGCUUGGGUUGAAUGAGCGUCAAGCUGCCGAAUGGAUGAUGGGAAUCAUCCGCAAUGCUCAUGAAAAUGUGAGGAGCACAGCCUACGAUGAGUUCCAACGGGCGUUUGCAGGCAUACCGUACAAGUAGCAAAUGCUGCUCAAGAAUCGAUGGAUAGUAUCGAAUUUAGGUAUACGAAUGUAUCAAGGUUGAACUGCAUUUCGAGGCCUGGGCGUGUUUGUUGCGUAUUUUCAAAGCACCAACAAGCAUGCAUCAUGAUGGAGUGCGGCUGAACUCGGGUAAAACGGCGUUACUAAGGUCUAUAUUUAGCAGCCAAACUUAUAUAGUGCUUUGGUGGCUGAGCUUAUCGGU